ACCGGUUUGUAUACGCAGAUAUUACGUCAGUGAUACUGAGUAGGUGAUUUACAAGGAAGAUUCCGUAAAACUUGGCGUGGUCGACCGUCGAGUAAAGGUGAACACUGUCUUCGUUUCAAUAACUGGAACCCUGCCCCUAAGUGUCGUGCUUAAGUAGUACACAAGUCAUCAGCAGGCCCUCCCCCCACCUCUUCUGCUACACCAAGACAGUGUUUUGGUGUCCUUCGUGUUUCCCUCUCUUGGAGCGCAGCUGACUGUUCCGAGUUCAGUGUCAGCGGGGGAAGCAGUCGAGAGGGCUUACCGGACUAUUCAUUAGUCACCUGCUCUGCCUAGGAACCAGGACUUCUCGGCUCGUGCAUCGGACAGAGCGUUGCAGGCUAAUUUGUGGCUGCAGGAAGGAGACGUGCAGGACUGCAAGCGGCCACUUCAUUUUGACGGACGGAACGUUCAUUAUCAAACGAGAUAAGUUUCUGCUGACAGGACUGUGCAAGUUUUACUCAUCACUUCCUAAGAAUAUAUUUUUAAAGCGCGGAUGUUACUAUGUCUCCCAAUUGGUGAUAAAUUAUUCAUGACAGGAAUCUUCGAGGAAAGUCCUUCGAGUGUGGUUUGUGAAAUGGUGUAACAGUGGAUGUUAUCAAACGUGCUCCUUUCUGCUUACAAGUUUCUUGGUUUGAAGAAAAGCUGGAAGUAUGAAUACAGCCAGAAUUCCGGCGGUGACCGCUUCAUUCGAUAACAUCGAAUGGGCAGACAGUGAAAGCGGCGGCGACGGCACAGGGGACGAUGGGGUCGCAGAGUCACUCGCCUCUUCCCCUUCGCCGCCCCCGCACCAAGUGCCUAAAUUACCGCCGCCACCAGAAGCAGCUGUCCAAGUGCAGUUGCUCAAGCCGCCUCCAGUAACGUUCGGAGUUCCUCACCGACGCAACUCCGUGUCCCUUCCGGCGGGACUCGACAUCAUGGAGUCGCCAACACCCUCGUCUUCGCCCGCCCUUUCUAUGCAGGAUACGUCGUCCAGACAUGGCGACGAUUCAAGUGACGACACAUUUACGGAUGGUGACGGCGGAAUUUCAGAAGAGGACACUGUCGCUGUUAAAGUCCCACUUCGUACUGCUAGGAGAAAAUCAGUUAUGCCACCAGGACUUAUCAACAACAGUGAUUUCUUGGAUCCAUCUGAUGGGCCUGAUCAGUCUCCACAGAAUUCCAUUACCAGUAUUAAUAGCAUCUCCAGUUUACUUAAGGAAAAAUUUGCUUUGUCUUUUCCAGGCAUGUUGAAGAAGAAAAGACCGCAAGAAUACAAACUCCGUGCCUUUGUUGGAAUUCUAUUCCUUUCUAUUGUUUUUCUUGUUGGUUUUGCAUAUGUAUUCUACCACCAACAAGUUCUUCAGAGAGCGUACUUUGAACGUAUUCGUUUCAAUAAAGAAGAGCGCGUGGUUCGAGUCUUCAGCAAUCAUGGGCGUGAAAUCUUGUAUGGCCAUCUGGGUGUCCACUUGGGUGGUGAUCGGGCAUUCCGCUGUUUACCACAUGACAUUUUGGAUGAUGUCUCUGUCUGUAUGGAGUGGAUGCACAAGGCACGUUUAUAUAUGAACUACACAGAGCGCGUUGGUGUGCGCUGCUAUCAUAUAACAUGGGAAAGCCUCAUGUGGGACUUCUAUCCUACUGAUUGUUAUGACUGGUCCGAUGGACGUGGACACUGGUAUGGCGGAGGCCAGACCAACAAGAUGGCCUGGCCUAUUGAGAAGGGUUCGGUGGCCAUGUCGCCAUUUAUUACUGGUGAUAUAAGAGAACACGUAUGGGGAAAUGUUUUGAAGCGUUACUUCAUCAAUUCCAAUGGUAUUACAGUCUUUGUUGAUCCUGAUACGCCCCUCUAUGUUUCAGUGAAUUCAGAUCACCCUCAUCAGUUUUGUCUUCAGGCACGACACGAUGAUUUUGCAUAUGUAUACCAUUCAACGCCUCUCCCUCAAUUAAAUUACUCCAUUUGUACAUCAACUAAUAUGAAGUCACUGCAUUCAUUUUUCUCUGAGAAGAAACUUUGGGAUGGGUUAAAGGAAGAGGAUUUAAAAAUAAUAAAUUCACUUCUAACGGAGCCGGUGUGGCAGAUACCCUCGGACCCAGGAAGUGAGUUGACUGAGGGAGCCAUUUACAAUUAUACUGAAGAUGUGAUUGCUCUUGGUUUCCUGAGACAAGGUCACGUACUUCUAAGUGAAGCCUGGCAGCCGCAUGUUGGCGACUUUAUUUUGGAUCCCGUACGUUUUCCAACGAUGGAUGAGACUAUAAAUAUAAUCCAUAGACGUGGAUUCCGAAUUGUGUUUACAAUUCAGCCAUUUGUGAGUACAGAAUCUGUCAACUUUGCUGAAGCAGUCUGGAAACGCCUGCUUGUUAGCGAACGGGGUACUGGUGGUCACGUUCCGGCAUUAACAAGAUAUAAAGAUGUAGCAAGCGCUGGUAUGCUAGAUAUUACAAACAACAUAACUGUGCCAUGGCUUCAGGCUAGACUGAAAGCUGUGGUGGAUAAAUAUCAUAUUGAUGCCUUUUACCUUGAUGUUGGAACUGCUUAUGACAUGCCUCAUUAUUACCGCUUUGAGAACCAGCUCACAAACCCAGACCAUUAUAAGACAGUCUUUAUUGACAGUAUCUUGCCUGCUGUCGGAGUAGUAGGCGUGUCUAGCGCCAUCGCGAGGCCUAAAGCCCCAGUGUUUGUUUCUUUGCCUCCUUUUGCUUCCACUUGGAAGUCUAUGCAGUCAAUAAUCCCCAUUGUUUUAACAUACGGUGUCCUGGGAUAUCCAUUUAUUAUGCCUGGGGCAGUUGGUGGAGACUAUGAGUCAGAGGAAGAAUAUGUUGGUGCUACUAAGAAUGCAACGGUGGCAGAAAAUAAGGCAAGUGAUAAUGGAGGAACCAAUAUCCAUCUUCCUCUUCCAGAUAAGGAACUGUAUGUUAGGUGGUUGCAGCUUGCAACAUUCCUGCCAGUGAUUCGCUACACCCAUCUGCCUAGCAAAUAUGGUGAUGAUCGUGUUCUAGAGAUGGCCAAGGUUCUUACAGCAUUACGGCUGAAGACCGUGAAUCCUCUGUUGGAGAAGUAUGUACAAGACGCUUUGAAAUUUGGGAUUCCAAUAAUUCGCCCAUUGUGGUUAUUAGACCCCGGUGACCCAAUAUGUCAUCUGGUUAUGGAUGAAUUCUCAGUUGGUGAAGAGUUAAUUGUAGCACCAGUAUUAUACCCUCAAACUUAUGAACGUGAGGUUUAUUUACCUACUGGUGUAUGGAAGGAUGGAAUUGAUGGCAGUUUGCGAAAGGGAAGUCGCUGGUUACACAACUAUGGAGUGCCUGAAGACAAAGUGGCUCAUUUCAUCAAAAUGCCUGAUGACACUCGCUUCUGAGUCUAUUAGAUUUCACUUCUAUUAACAAAGUAAAACUGAAACAUAUUCAGUAGAUCAAAGAAUUAAAUUUUGUUACGCAACAUACAUCAACAAACAAGACAUCAUGGACAUGGUAGUUUUUUUACUAUAAGCCCAUUUAUUUUUUAUUAUAUGAUGAUUUUUAUCUAAUAGAUACAGCAAAGGCAUCACAUUGACUAUGUAUGACUAUUUUGUAUAUAUAAUCUUUAUUUUCUCAGAAGGGUUACGUACAUUGUUUGCUGCUGGAUAUCAUUUAAAAACUGCUGAGUGUGAAGAGAUUUAACUGGUUGUGUAACGAGUUUGAUGAAGUAUACAGUGUAUUGUAAAUAAGCUAAUUUACGUUAUUUUGUACAGCGAGAGACAGAAUAUUUCCAUACUUUUCUGUGUGACUUGGAAGCAACUGUAUUUAUAAAUUUCUGUGAUAAAUGCAUUUUUGUAGCCAAAGAGUUAAAGGUCUCAGCCCUCGUGCUUCACCACAUUCAAAUUUCCCCUUUUCAUUUUUGGAACUGGUUAGGGACUGGUGGCAGGCUGUUCUGAACACAACAAUAAAACAUCGGGUUUUGUUAAGGUGAAGAUUUUCUUGACUGGCUGAGCAUACUAUUAGCUUCUGAAGAAGAAUUCUGCUCCUUGGAGUUAAUUUUUGUAAUAUACUUUAAUGUAUCCAUUGUCCUAAAUGUAUGAACAAUGAAGAAUAGACCCUGUCUGUCCUUUUAUUCACAAAACAAAUUUACACAUGACUGGGGAAAUAAGUGGCAUAGUAGGGAUUGUGCUAUGUGAAAGGAUAUUUUAAGGUAUUUUGGUGUUAGCAUGUCUCAGACAUAUGUAACUUGAGCUCUUGGGGAUGAGAAUGUUGAGAAUUAUUUGUAGUUUCAGCAGACAUCGCAGUUGCCAUCUUGAGGGUUAAUGCGUUCCAUUAAUUCUGUUGGUCUUCCAAAAAAUAUUGCUUACAUAUAAAGAGUACACAACUUUAAAUAUAAGUAGUCUGUUGCUGUGACAUUAUAUUACUGCUGUUUUUCAUGUUGCAUACAAAUAUAAGUUUGUGAGAGUUCAAUUUUUAUAUGACUUGAAAUGUUUGUAUCAAUAAAUUUACAUUUUCUUCAAAACA